AUGGCAUGUAUCAAGCGGAAACAUUUGGAGCAGUACCUGGAGGAUAUAGAGGUGUUUGAGAAUCCUAAAGUGGAAUUGGAGCAGUAUCCAACAAAACCUCAUAUAGCUUCCCACAUGCUGUACACAAUGCAAGCAUCCUAUGGAGAUGUGGAGAAUAAACUAAUUGCAGACCUGGGUUGUGGGUGUGGUGCACUCUCCCUUGGUGCAGCAAUGCUUGGUGCUGGUACUGUUGUAGGAUAUGAUGUGGACCCGGAUGCUCUGGAAAUUUGGAAUGCUAACUGUGCAGAAAUGGAGAUAACAACCUGUCAAGCUGUUUUGUGUGAUUUGACACAAGGGUUUCCUUCCUAUUCAUUUCCAAAGCAGUUUGAUACUGUAAUAAUGAAUCCUCCAUUUGGAACUAAAAGAAAGGGUAUUGACAUGGAAUUUCUCCAGAUGGCUCUGCACAUGGCAAGUACAGCUGUGUAUUCCCUGCACAAAACAUCUACCCGGGAUCACGUUCUGUCCAAAGCAGAAAAGUGGGGUGCCAAAGGUGAAGUUUUGGCCGAACUUAGGUAUGAUCUGCCAGCCUCCUACCGAUUCCACAAGAAACAAACUGUUGAUAUAGAGGUGGACUUCAUUAGGUUUUCUUUCCCAAAAACGAAAUGUGAGAAAGUUAAGAGCUGAAUAUCACUAUCUAUGUGUGAGUGGGCCAACGGAAAAUUUAGUGUGAGUUUAGAGCUUUAAGUGAUUUUGUUGUGGUGUGUAAAAUGGAAUAUGUGCAUUUGUGGUGUUUUCAAAACAUUUUAUUUAUAUUGUGUUCCUAGAACCACUGGAUUUCUCUAUGCUAUACGGGGCAAACCUUAUUUUUAUACAAUAAAUGUCUCAGCCUCUC